AUAAGAAACCGGGGAAGGUAGGCACAAUCACCAUUCACCCGAAGACUUGCGCUUGGAACCAAAGGCAAUAUUGUUUCAGACAUGGUAAAACGUCCCCUGAUUCUCACCCUGAUUGGGUUGAUGCAGUUGGCGGCAACACAAGAGAGUUGCAACGGCCACGCGGGACUCUGCAAACUCACAUUUGACAAAGUAACAUUUCCUGGAACUCACAACUCAGGGGCGAAUAUGGUCAUGAAGUAUGGUGGUUGGCCAUAUUUUCCUGCUUUGUCCUGCGCGUACAGGAACCAAGAUUUCACUUUCACAGCCCAAUUGGAUUUUGGAAUUCGAUUUUUCGACAUUGACACUCGUAACAAGGGAGAUACCGCUUACGCGAGUCACAACACAGCUUACGGACGAAAGUUAUGGGAGAUUAUACGAGACAUUGACAACUGGUUGAAUAAUCCAUCGCACAGGAACGAGGUUAUUGCCAUUCGAUUCCACGACACCACAAUGCCAUCCGGCUUCGACAGGUUCAUCCCCAUCUUCAGUGACUACUUUACUGGAGCAGACGGGAAGGUCGGCAUCAAUGCAGUGACGGGCAGUUGGCCGACUCUUGGAGAAGCAGUGGCACAAAACAAGCGUGUGUUCAUUUUUAUGGUGGACCAUCUUUGUGACAGCAGCUGUAGGAGUUCUCACCCCUACAUCCGCUCGGCUAAUUUUUACGGCGACACAUGGCUAGAUCUUAAGUUGACGUCAUCAUGUAGUAGCAUGCCAGAAGAAACAAGAAGCAAGUGUGCAAGCAUAAGCAAGGAUAUGAUCAUUGUCUCGGCAUUUGCUUCCUUAGGCCUGUGUGUUAGUGACAUGCAGAAGUUGUGUAACCAGUACAUCAGGCCCAGUGCCAUGGACUGUUACAACGAACGGAAGAAGCAAGGCCAGACGGUGAACUUCCUGGUGGCAGAUUACGUCAACCAAGCCAAUACCAAUGAAAAUGUCAUCACCGUCGCUAAUGAACUAAAUCAGCUCAAUAUUGGAAAUUAAGUUUAGUAAAAUGUCGAUUUCUUCGUUGUUUAUCAGUGUAAGAAUCA